AUGAAGGCAGUCAUCCAACGAGUCAAGUCAGCAUCCGUCACCGUCGAUAACCAAUUGAUAUCGCAAAUCGGUCGUGGACUAUUGGUCCUAGUAGGCGUUUCGCGUGAUGAUACCGUCGAGGAUGCAGAGAAAAUAGCAAGCCGCAUUUUGCGACUUAAAUUAUGGGAGGACGCCGAAACAAAAGCACCUUGGAAAACCAAUGUUGCAGAACUCAAGUUCCCCGAGACUGAAACUUUGACUAGUCAUGGCCAGGUGCUUUGUGUGUCACAAUUUACCCUUUACGCUAAUAUUAAAAAGGGAGCUAAACCGGAUUUUCACCGAGCGGCAAAGGGAGACAUUGCAAGGGAACUCUACGCUAAAGUCCUGGAUCUCGUGGCUGCUGGCAUGCCCAAUGGAAAGGAUGACGUCAAGGAUGGUGUAUUUGGAGCCAUGAUGGAUGUGGCCCUGGUAAAUGAUGGACCUGUUACAAUCGAGGUUGAUUCACGAGCUUAA